AUGACGGACCAAAUCGCUACCCAGUCCAGUCGUCCCGAGGAGCCGCAGUGCUACAACUGCGGUGGCAUGGGCCAUUGGGCUGUCGCCUGUCCCGAGCCAACACCGGUCUUGCAGCUUGGAGAAAUGCCUCUGCGACGCGACAAGGGAGCGGCCGCGCGCAGCAAAAUGAUGGCAGAAGGUCCAAAGGACCCAUCAUCACCAAGUACGGCCCUCCACCUCCAACAACAGGCUACGGUGCGCAUUUUCCACCACCUCCCGGAUACCCUCCACCGCAUAAUUCCUACUCGGCGCCUCCGCAUCAGCCUACGCAUCAACCUCCACCUCCUCCGCCUCAACCUUCAUAUCCUCCGCCUCAACCUUCAUAUCCUCCGCAAUACCAUUACCUUCCAGGCCAUGGGCAACCGCCGCCGCCUCUGCCCAGCCAUGGGCCUCACUAUCAACCUCCUUACCACACCCCAUCUGAGUCUUAUCAUGGUCAGCAGCCACGGCCACCAUACCCGGGACCAUCUCCUGCGUACGGCGCGGCACCUCCGGCAGCGCAAAACUACGGCGCCUAUCCAUACUCCGGCCAUGACAGCCAACAGUUUGUUCCACCUCGGCCAGCUUACAGCGGAUCAUACGCGCAAGGAUCUGGGGGCGGCCCGAAGCGUCACCACCAACGCCCGCCGCAGCCGCACAGAAACUCGGCUCCGUCACCUCCAAAGUCCCAUGCCGCGCAAGUAG